AUGGUAUGCACGCGCGUCCAACAACACAUCAGGUACAUCAGCCUCCUUAUCUGCUAGCUAGCUAGCUCGUAAUCCAUGGCGUUCAACGACGAUGAGAUGCCUCCUGCUUCUAAAGUAGGUAGCACCAAGGGCCUGGUGACGAUCAAUCAACCGACGUACAGCAAGGAUGCGGUGGCCCUGAUGGCGGACGAGGUGACGGCGGUUGUGGAGCUGACCGCCACCUCGUCGACGGCCGUCCGUGAAGGGCUGGACCUGGUGGCGGUGCUGGACGUGAGCGGCAGCAUGCAGGGCCACAAGCUCCAGAGCAUGAAGAAGGCGAUGCACUUCGUCAUCAUGAAGCUCACCCCCGUCGAUCGCCUCUCCAUCGUCUCCUUCUCCAACUCCGCCACCAGGCACUGCCCGCUCCUCUCGGUCACCCAGGGCGCCCAGGCCGAACUCAAGGGCAUCAUCGACGGCCUUGUCGCCCGCGGCGGGACCAACAUCAAGGCCGGCUUGGACACCGCCCUGGCCGUCAUCGCCGGCCGCGUCACCACCAAAGCCCGCACGCCUAACGUCUUCCUCAUGUCCGACGGCCAGCAGAGCGCCGGCGACGCCAGGCAAGCUGAUCCCGGCAGUGUCGCGGUCUACACUUUCGGCUUCGGCAAGGACGCCGACCACGCUCUGCUCAGCGACGUCGCCAGGAAGUCCACCGGCGGCACGUUCAGCACCGUGCCGGACGGCGGGAACGUGAGUGCCCCCUUCUCGCAGCUCCUCGGCGGGCUCCUCACCAUCGUGGCGCAGGACGUGCAGCUCACGCUGACGCCCCAGGCGGAAGAUCCGAGUGAGCCAGACCUCAAGGACAUGGACGUGGCAGACGGCACGGACUACACGCACACCAAAGACAACGCCACCGGCCUCAUCACCAUCAAGUUCGGCACCCUCUUCAGCGGCGAGACCCGCAAGGUGGCCGUCAACCUCACGCUCCGGGAUAGCAAGCUAAUGGCGGAGUACGACGCGAAGCUGGCGGAGGCCCAGCACAGCUACACCGUGCAGGGCGGCCUCCAGAAGCAGACCCCGCAGGACUUCUUCAUCAAGCGCACCCCGAACCCGCCCACGGACCCCGAUGCCGUCAGCGGCAAGGCGCGGGCUGUGCUGGCGGAGAUGGCGCGUCGGCAGCACGCCGGCGCGAUCGGCGAGGCGAGGAAGAUGGCCGACGGCAGGAACCUGGAGGAGGCCCGGUACAAGCUGUCGGACGCGCAGAACGCGCUGGAGGACGUCGUGCUGAACGACGGCGAGAAGCUGGUGGGCAUGCUCCGGGCGGAGCUGCAGCAGCUGCUGGACCUGAUGGAGACGCAGGAGCUGUACGAGGCGGAGGGCCGGCCGUACGCGCUGGCAUCAGAGACGUCGCACGGCCGGCAGCGGUACGCGGCCAGGGGCGGCGACAUGGACGCCGUCCGGCUGUUCGCCACGCCGCGCAUGGACACGUACCUGGAGCAGGCCAAGAAGUUCGAGGAGGACCCCACUGCGCCGCUGCCGUCGGCGGACGAGGACGCCAAGGAGGAGAUGGCCGCCAACCCGCUCGCGGCCAUCUCGGCGCCCAUCGCAUUCUACAUCAGGGCCGCCAUCCAGGCGCUGCAGGAGAUUGAGAAGCUCGUCGCCCCGCCCACCAAAUAAGCCAUUAUGAUAUCGCAUCACUCCGUUUGCUACUACGACUACUACGUUUGUUUCAUCACUCAAUUUACUACUGCAUCAAUUUACCUGGCGCUUAAUUUGCUACUUCUUCGUGUGUUGAAAUGAAUAAAGGGACAUCACAUUGCCCGGAUAAUGUUUAAAA